UUACUGGGACACGGCGUAUGACAGUGAUGUAAUGGACAACAGAGUGGGACUGAACCUACUGUACACUCAGACGGUGUCUGACAUAGAGAGAGGCUGGAUCCUCGUGAACAAGGACCAGCACAGACAGCUGAAAUCACUGCAGGAGAAGGGAUCCAAGAAAGAAUUCAUUAGGCUGUGCCAGACGCUGAAGUACUUCGGCUACAUACAGUUUGCCCCGUGUGUGACAGACUUCCCGGAGAAGGGCUGUCACGCGAUCGUCUCCGCUGGCAACAACGAACUCAACUUCCAGGUCAAGCUACCCAAUGAGCAGAUGAAAGAGGGGAGCUUCAAGGUCACGCGCAUGAGGUGCUGGAGGGUCACUUCCUCUCAGGUCCCGGUAGCCAACGGAACAGCCUCCACCUCCCCCUGCUCCUCAGCCAAGUGUGAGGUGAAGUUGGAGCUGGCCUUCGAGUACCUGAUGAGCAAAGAUCGUCUGCAGUGGGUCACCAUCACCAGCCCACAGGCAAUCAUGAUGAGCAUCUGUCUGCAGUCGAUGGUUGAUGAGCUGAUGGUCAAGAAAUCAGGAGGCAGCAUCAAGAAGAUGCUGAGGAAACGUCCCAACGGCUCCCUCCACCGGUCUGAAAGUCAGCAAGCUGUGAAAUCACCCCCUCUACUGGACUCCCCUGACCCAGACCGAGAACAGAUAGUCAAACUCUCAACCAAGCUGAGCUCUGUGUCACUCAGAGGGAUCAGCGCCUCCAACUCGGCCAACGACGUCAGCGGCAACGAUUUCCAUGGCAACUACGCCUUUGAGGGGAUCGGGGACGAUGACCUGUAAUAUUCAACCUCCUCUUCCUCCUGACUAACGCGACCCGCAAAGAUUCCAAGCCGAGCUGAGCCAGGCAGAAAUGAGUUUGUCUGGUUUGUGGUUGUAGCCCAGAUGUCUCUCUGUCUCUCUGCUACCAACCAUAUCUUCUUGUUUCAUCCUCUUCAUAAAAGGCUGCAUCCCAAACGACACCCUGUUUACUUACACAGUGUGGCACUUUUGAGCAGAGUCCCGUUGGCCAUUUGGGACACAGACAAAACUGCCAUCUAUCUCAGUGGUUUCCCAACCUUUUUUGAACCGUGGCACACUUUAAUGUGUGAUAAAAAUAUAUUCGGCACACCUAAAAUAUCCCUAUAAUUUUUUGGGGGUUGUGAUAAUGACCUCCAUCUGACCUGAAACAUACUGCAAAUCAUCUAUUUUCUGUGACAAAUGUGUUUUAUAGAUUAAAUGGGGCUAAUUUGAACUGUUUUCAUAGUUCCUUACUCAUGAUGGUUAAUUUGUGUGUACCCCUUUAAGAGAACCCACAACUCUGCACUAUAAUUUGAACUGUUUUCAUAGUUCCUUACUCAUGAUGGUUAAUUUGUGUGUACUCCUUUAAGAGAACCCACAACUCUGCACUAUAAUUUGAACUGUUUUCAUAGUUCCUUACUCAUGAUGGUUAAUUUGUGUGUACCCCUUUAAGAGAACCCACAACUCUGCACUAUAAUUUGAACUGUUUUCAUAGUUCCUUACUCAUGAUGGUUAAUUUGUGUGUACCCCUUUAAGAGAACCCACAACUCUGCACUAUAAUUUUGUAUCCUUUCUUUCUGCUAAAAUAGGUCUUUAAUUGUUAAAGGUUUGAGCUACAGACGAGUGGUUUUCUGCGUUGUAGAAGUGCAAACACAGACACAAGCCAUGCUCCAUAAGAAAUGACUGACGUUGGCUAAAGCCUAAUCAGACUUGCCUGUACUCAUGGUUUUCACUGCCCAUCUUCUUGUUCAUCAAUCAGCUCAUUGUUUUUUCCCAUGUUGUCAAUAAUAUUUAGAAGAAAAAAAAUCUCAAACUGCAGUCUUAAGCUGAAAGGGGUUUAAACGAACAUGUUAUUAUUGGCAUAAUAAUGGAUGUUUUGCACUUCCUCACCACGUUCCAGACUUAUAUAACAGUAUUCAUAGAUUUACAUUCUUCUGUAAAUAAUUAGAACAUUGUGUAAUUCUAAAAAGGAGGCUCGUUUUUCAAUCACAAAGUAUCAUUCUGUGUUUUCUUUUUAGCGUGUUUAUUCUGUCACGUCAGAAAUCGAAGGUAGAAACCAGAACUGAUUUUGUUAAAAGGGUGUCAGAUCUCUCUGUCUCUCUCUCUGUCUCUCUCUGUCUCUCUCUCUCUCUCUCUCUCUCUCUCUCUCUCUCUCUCUCUCUCUCUCUCUCUCUCUGUCUCUCUCUCUCUGUCUCUCUCUCUCUGUCUCUCUCUCUCUGUCUCUCUCUCUCUGUCUCUCUCUCUCUGUCUCUCUCUCUCUGUCUCUCUCUGUCUCUCUCUCAAUCUCAAUCUCUCUCCAGUUCUUCUGCCUUUUGACAACCAAGACGAGACAGAAGUCAGACAGAAAGGCAUUACCACAGUGAUUCUGAAAGCUGGCUAACCAAAUGAGCCAUAUCUGUUUUAGAAGUGUGGAAAAUAAGUUGUUAUUCAUUUUGGAGGUACUGCUUAGUGACAUUACUUAUACACACAAUAUAACUGUUCAAAUUUGCCCCCAAAUAAGUGUUUUUCAGGGUAUAUUUGUGUUAUUGAUCUCCCCUGUUGUAAGUGAAGGUUCGUGGGAAAGUUAGACUACACAGGUUGAUGACUACAAUGCUUGGGCAUAUUUCUUGUAAGAUUUAUAAUAUAAGGCCUUAAUUUUGCCUGUUGCCAUUGGUCAACUUACCAACCAUUCUUUCAGUCUUAGCUAAUGGGAGCUCGCCAGAUAGAUUCUUGCCGAAGGAGACGUCGUUUGAUUGGUCGGUCGGUUCGGCUGGCACUUCCCGAACCGAUCAUUUUGCACAGUAUUAUGCCGCGUUCACGUACUAGUGGGAAUUAGAAAACCUCUGAAAUGGCUGACUUGUUUGUAGUUAUACACGCACUGCGUUCAACCAGUUAGCAAGUCGGACAUGUCAGAGUCGCCUUGUUCUGACCAGCACUUGAAUGUGGCAAUACAGAUGGACGACAAACAUCAUGGGCUUAGUCUCAAGGGCACCCUAUUCCCUAUAUAGUGCACUACUUUAGACCAGCGGUGCAGGGAAUAGGGUGCCUUUUGGGACCUACCCAUAGAAUAUUUCCAAGGGGGUUUGUGAAACUCCCAUCUGUGAUUUCUUCUGUUUUUUUUUCUUUCCCUUUUUAAUUUCAGACCAUUUUUUUGAAGGUGUCUCAUAAAAGCCAAAAGCAUAGUUUACUAACGCAUUUUGCACAAAAUAAACAUUAAAAAAACAUGGUAUGAAGUCACUUUGUAUGAGAAAAAAAUCAUUGAACAUUUACUAAUACCUAUAUCAUCAAUAGUUUAUUACAGAGCCAUAUAUUUAGAGAUUUAGGACAAAUACUAUGUUUUAUAUUGUUAUAAUUCUAGACAUUCAGGUACAUAGCAUUGUAUAAAUAUUCCCCAUGCAACGUUAAUGGCUCUUAUAGAAUGUUGUAGUGUUAUAGAAUGUUGUAGUGUCAUGAUAAUGGGGUUCUAACAUGGCUGUUAUAGAAUGUUGUAGUGUCAUGUUAAUGGGGUUCUAACAUGGCUCUUAUAG